AUGGAGCCAAGAACUGGUCAAGCCUACUCGUUGGAAGUCACUGCCUUGCCUGAGCUUGAAUUUCCUCUUGGCCACGGUAUCCUUGUCAGAAUGGUCUUUGUGGAUGGAGCCGAGUUGGACACUGGGAUGAUCGACAAGGGGAACGUAUAUGAGACAAGCUGGUCAGACUACAUAGCGCGCCGUCGAGUCACUAUACCGGAUGGCACCACCAAGGUUGAGUCGUUGGUGUUCGCCGACUUGUCGCAAGAGAAGUUUGAAUCGGAUAUGGAGAAAAUGGGAGACAUGGGCAUCAUCAAGGACGUUUUAGGUUUUGCUACCAAAUUCGAAGACACGAGCCCUACGCUCUGCGAUGCACCCGUUGAGGAGGCGGGCCUGUUGGAGAUUUGUCAAAAGGGAAUGAUCUUUCAAGGCCAGAACUUGACGCAUGGCACUAAGUUCAAGACGGUCACCACUCACCAGGACGCUGUCAAAGUUGACGAUAUUUACACCGAUGGUAUGGAUAACAUUAGUGUUUUCUACUUCCACUACCACUCUAACAGUAGUUCAAGUCAUUUAUUUAAUGCUUGCGAUGGUCUUACCGCUGAAUUGUCUCGUUCAGUUGAAGCCGAGACGCGUUUGUCUUAUCCUGCCGUUAAGGACGAACAGAUCAAUCUGACCGAUGAAGAUUGA